AACGCGCGAGUUUAUCGCCGACUUUAUCUACCGCUAUCGAUUCUCCGUGUCGUCGAUAUAACCCUCGACCCUCGCCCGCCUCGCCGUUUCGGCUGCACGCGAGACAUCGGAACCGGGUACGCGUGGAACCAUGUAACACCUCGGAAUCAAUUUAGACGUCAUCGUUGCCGGAGAUCGGAAUGCAUCCUCGAUCGCGCGAGGCGUCGCGCGCCUCCUUCGCGGCCGGUCCACGUCGUUCCCCAGCGUUUCGCGUCGUUCCAUCUGCGUAUCCAGUACUCACCGCUGUCAUGUCACGAAGAAUCGCAUGAAUCACCAUCCGACGGCCGUGGCAUCCCGUGCGCGUUAUCAACCUGCGGAAUCUGAGAAGGAAGACAGCCGUUCUCCCUUUCCAGGAAGAGGCACCGACGGAGAAAGAUGUCCACGGCUUUGCUGGCCCUCUUCGCUGUGAUCCUGUGUAUCCUGUUCAGGAUACUGAACGUGAACAGCGCGCCGCAGAAGCCACUCCUCGUUUGCAAGGACCAGUCCUUCCUGACGACGGUGCUCAAGAUCGCGCCGGCCAUCGCCGAGCCAUAUAAGCCAACGAGGUUGUGGGGUUUCAGCGGCCACGUACAAACCAUCGUCCAUAGCAUUGUAGGACGUGUUCGAUGUCCUUGGCCCAUUGGAGAACGUGUGUACAUCGGUCUUCCUGAUGGCACCACCCUCACGUACGAUCUGUAUCAACCGCUGACUAAUGGACAUGAAGAUGACAUAACGAUAGCCAUCUGCCCUGGUAUCGGAAAUAGUUCGGAAAGCGUAUAUAUCAGAACGUUCGUGCAUUUCGUGCAAUGUCAUGGAUAUCGAUGCGCGGUACUUAAUCAUGUGGGGGCCCUUUCCAGUGUCAAGAUCACAGCACCAAGAAUAUUUUCUUACGGUCAUACGGACGAUUACAACACGAUGCUACAACAUCUAGUAGAACAGCAUCCUAACACCAGAAUAGUUUGUAUCGGAUAUAGUUUAGGCGGUAAUUUAGUGACGAAAUAUCUGGGAGAACGUGGUUCCAAUAAAUUGCCUAAUAUUAUAGGAGGGAUAUCGAUUUGUCAAGGAUAUAAUGCUCUCAAGGGAACGAAAAUUCUGUUAAAUUGGCAAAACUUUAGACGCUUUUACCUCUAUGUGAUGACAGAAUCAAUGAAGAAUCUUAUCCUUAAGCACAAAAAUAUGCUUUUGUCUGAGGAUGUAAAACAGAGGUGUAAUUUAAACGAGCGAGACAUAAUUUCCGCUGCAACGUUACCCGAACUGGACGAAGCUUACACCAGAAGGGUACACAAUUUUAGAUCAGUGCAAGAGUUGUACAAGUGGAGUAGUUGCCUCUUUUACUUAGACAAUGUCACAACACCAAUGGUAUUCAUCAAUGCGUUAGACGAUCCCCUUGUGCCGGAGGUGCUGUUAAAUCCAAUUAAAGAUCACGCGGCAAAUCGUUUAAAUACAUUAUACAUAGAAUUAGCUCACGGUGGUCACCUAGGUUUUUAUGAAGGAGGUCUUUUAUAUCCAAAUCCUAUAACAUGGCUGGAUCGAACAUUAGUGUCUCUUGUGGGAUCUCUAACGCUAGCACACGCGGACAAGGCUCUCAAAGCCUCUUAACCCAGUUUAAUUCGGUCAAUGUAUUCGUGUUAUCGAACGUUGAUCGACAACGUGUCACACACAUUCUGGUCUUAUGAGAUCAAGCACUGUGCACAGUGAUCUACGUUUAGAUAAUCGGGAUUAGCUGAUUAUAACGAGGCUGCAACAAGACUGCAAUGGAAGCGGCAGAUCAUAAACUAAUAAAAAUGUCUGGUACAUGCUUUAGUCAGUUUUCGAAGUGAAGUAAACAGGAUUUUUCACAAAUGAUGCAAGAAAAAUAAGUGAUAAGCGUGACUGUAAAAUAACAAACGUUUGCUCAUAUUGACAUUUUUGAAAUUGAGUAUAGUUCGGAACAACUAGCCAAUUACGCGACUCUUUAUAUGCAGCUAUAAUUAGAAUUUUUAUUAUACAAUGUGGCACAAUCAAAAUUAGUCAGCUGAAUUGUUUAAAAAUGAAGUAGAAACGAAGUGAAUUUUUCAAUAUUUUACUAAAUAUUUUUACUAACGCUUCUUUCUCAGGGAUCUUCUAUAAAGCGACGAUUUGAUAAUGGGACUUUUAAUAGUCCUUAACUAAAGGUUACUAGAACUGCUCACUGUACAAGCAUUUAAUCAUGUUACACAUGGGAUGAGUUCAAUGCAAUACAGAGUAUCUCGUGUACUUUUCACAAAGAAAAACUUGUAUUCAUGUACAAUACGUGUAUUAAUGUAGGAUAUAUCGACUUAAAAUACUUAUAAGUGCGUCCAUUCUAAUGUGUCCAUUCUAAGAUUAUUAGCUUUAUCGAUAUGGAAGAUUCAUUACUGUAUAUAUGCAAUAAAUAAUGUACAUUAUUUAUUAAUCCGAAGUUGAUGAUAACAUUCGCAAGGUACUAUCUUAAAUCAAAUUUUUUGUGCAAGUUCAAGACGUAAACUUGUGAAAUUGUAAGUAUAUGCGAAUGUAUGCACGAAAUUUUGUAUAUAUUUUUUAGCUAGGAUUAUCAGCAAAUUACUAGGAAAGAUACUAAGUUUAACAAAUUCGGUAUUAUUACCACCGGAUUAAUGCAGAUAAUUUGUUUGCAUUGUAAAUGUGCAAACUUGGUUAUAUAUCGCAUCUGAUGCAUCUUUGACAUAGUCAAAAUUGUAUUCGCAUUCGAUAUUAUAAGCGAUAUAUAUAUUACUUAAUGCAAAAACGUUAGGCAUUAUGAAAUUAUGUAUUACACAUUUAAUUAUUUGCAGUAUCAAAAUAUUGUUUAAUUUUCUGAUUUAAUGUAUUCUUAUUACAUGCUAUAAUACAAUGAUAAAUGUACGAUAUUUAACCUUUUAUAUUCCAUUUAUUAUGUUUGAAGUAUUUUCUUUGUCCACAAAAUUGAUUAAAUUUCAUUUUGAAAUAUGGAAUAUAAUAGGUUAAUACUACGUCGAAAUAUAUUGUACAUUUACCGUCGUGAUAAAAAUACCAAAUAUUUCUUGAUUCAUCAUCUCAAUGCGUCCAUAUUGAUAAAGUUGAUAUGCAUCAUGCAAUAAUUUCUGACGUCAAAUAAUAUAUUUUAAUCGAUAAGUUAAUUAAUUAUCAGGCAUCUAUGUCGGUGAUUUGAUUGAUAUUUAUUUUCUAUUGUAACGAUUUAAUGAUUAUUAUUUAAACGGUACUAAUGAUUGUGGGCAAUUCCACGUCAAAUUAGACAACAAAGAGGCGAGUAUUUAUUGGUUCUCUCUCAAUAUUUUUGUAUUCGUAUAUAGUAUACUUAUAUAAAAUUUUAAUGUCAUAAUGAUGAUGCUUUCCAAGACAUCGAAUUUUCCAUUGCGAAUUUUGAUAUUACGAUGUCUUUAAAACACUCCAAGUUCUAUAUAGAUAAAAGAAACUAAAAAGUUGAAACAAAUUUUAAUAUAAAAAAUUUAAAAAUUAUCGUCAACCAUUUGGAAUAUAUUUAUUAUUACAUACAAUUAAAUAGAUUUUUUAAUAACAUUCUAUUUUUAGAUACAUUUCCUUAAUGUUAAGAAUAAUAGUCCUUUCUCUAAGAAUUAUAUUUCUUUUUUUUUUUGUAAUUUAUAAAAUUAAAAUACUUUACUAGUAUUUCUUAUUUUACAUAUAAUUAAAACGAAACUGAAAAUUUUGAUUUUUUUGAAAAGAAAAUGUGAUAUAAAUUAAUACAUUAUAUUUUGUUCUAAGAAAUGAUAUUAAAAUAAUAAGCCGCGCGGAUUUUUACGUAGCGAGAUGUAAAUAAUAUAAACAAUUAGUUUUAUAUUAACAUCCAAAUUUUGCUUGUCUUAUUGGCUUUAAUAAUAUUUAAUAUAAACAAUUUAAAUAAAUUUUUAUGUACUUCUCUUUUAUUUUUAAAAAUUUGUCCAAGUUUUCUGUUUUGUACUUUGAUUUUCUGGUAUGUUUUCUUUUCUCAUUUCAUUGCAAAUAUAAGCUCUUUAAAUAAAUUUUGAUGUAUAAAAAUAUAUGUUUAUUUAUUCAGUUUAAACAUAUGUUAAAGCUUAAGUUAUUCUACUUUUUAUUAUUUUAUGUUAUGAAUUGUAGCUGAAAAUGGCACUUCUAUAAAUAUCUUUAAUAAAAUGCAUGCAAUAGAAUGCGCUAAAAUUUUAUUUUUCUCCAAAACUAAUUCUCUUCAUUUAUCUGUUAUGUUUUUCUUUCCUAAUAACUUUACUAAAGGUUGAAAAAUGUUAAAAGUUUAACAAAGAAUAUUUAAUAUUUAUUAGAUAAUUCUAAAUAUUUUAAAUAAAUUUUUUCAAAUACAAAAAAUUUGUCUGGAACUUACAUAAAUUAAAAAAUUUAAUAUCUUGGGAAAACAUGAAUUAUAUUGUCGAAACUUUACUACAAUAUGUAUGAUAUAUCAUGUGACAAAAGUUGUCGAAAAAAAGAAGAAACAUUUGUUUAUUUGUUCCGAUUUGACGUGAAAUUACGUACAACUUCUCAAUAACGUAAUAAAAUUGGCUCUAUUUUUACUUCAACUAUACAAAACAGAAAACGAUUUAUGUAUGACUGAGUCUAGUAAUUUCGUAUACAUUCAGAGUAAGAAUUUAUUUUCGUGGUGAUUUAUGCCGAAAAAUUCCGAUCCAUAAUAUCGGGAUAUAAUACAAGAAGCAUUUAUAUCCUACAUGGCUAACUAAACUUUAUAACUACGUAAAACUAAUCUUUGGUAAAUACAUUAAACUAUAAAGUAUAUAUUAAUAUCACACACACUUUUGUAAGUCAUUUGUACAAUUUUUAAAAAGUAACAAAAGACAAUAACGUCUAAAAUAUACACGAAUAUAAAAUUAAACUACAUUUUUUGUUUCACAAUUCAACUCUACCUUUUGAAUCUUUUGAUACAUAAUAUAUAUAUAUUUAUUUCUUAAUAUAAGUUAGUUUUUUUUAAAUUUAACCACACAUAAUCUUUUUUAUGAGCAUCUACUGUAUUUUUAUUAAUAUAAAUUGUGGUUGUCACAAAUAUAAUUGAUGAUGUUAUAUACCUAUUACAUAACACAAUACAUUAUGAAUAUUUAGUACAUGUUGUUGACUAUAUUACGUAUUGUUAUGUCAUAUUGAAUAAUUUUGGAUGUCUUAAAGAAUUAGAAACGUGCAUAAUUUUUUAAACAAUGUGAGAAAUGAUUUUACAUGAGAAGAAGUAAAAAUAAUACUAAUUGAUAUGUACAGAAAACAAUUAUUCUAAAGCACGUAAUGACGAUUUUACGUAUGAUCUUAUUGUUAUAUCUUUACAGCUGGACUGAUAGAUGUAAUUUAAGAUAAUUACAUUAAUCCGCAUUACGAAACUAACAAUUCCUGACUUGACCAAUUCUUCUCUAUGUUGUGAUACGAACUGCGUUUGGAAGCGAAUGACAAACAUGUGCACUUUUGUAAUUAAUGUGUUAUUUAAUGAUGACACUUUUGUAUGGCAAAAUGUAUAUUCUGAUUGCAAUUACAUGUGUGACUAUGUGAGAUUACCUUACCUGUAUAUCUGUAUAUGUAACCCAGAAACCGUAGCAAAUCGAAAAAAGAUAUAUUUACUGCAAGAUUUGAGUCUCAUCGAAGAGCACAUGAAAUGUUUUUAUUGAGCCUACAAAAGAAGUUUGUUAUCUCGUUAACAUUUAAUAUCAGUUAUCGUGUAUGCACUCACAUGCCAUGCGAUUCUUACCAAAUAUCCUAAUUAUCAGUGUGAUGCGCGAUUGUAGACAUUAAAUUAAAAAUACCACAGAAUGUCGUAUCUUCCUUCGUCGAAAAUUUUUAAUACAUGAUAAUAUGAAAAACAAAAGAGAAUUACUACACAAUUAUAUAAAUAAAAAGAAUUUACGAGAGCGUCGAGUGCUAAUGCUUUUAGACACAUGAACGUCGCGUCUCAGUUUUAAUUUUGACAAAGAUUGAAAUUGAGAAAAUUGAUAUAAUUAAAUAAUUGAUUAUAAUUAUUGAACAUGAUUAAAUUAAUUUCCUUACAUCUCAUGAAAACAUUUGAGCUAAGUUUUAUCACUCCACAAAUAGCAAUUUAAUACCUGGUGUAUUUUUUUAUGUAAGUUCAUAAUAUUUUAUUAACAGAGUUACAAAUAACGUAUACAAAAGGACAAAUGAUAUUUUUAAACAGUGCGUAUCAAAACCAAGUUUAAUCCGAGGUCGUCAUGUUUUUCAUGUAGCACACAAGGAUAUUUCUAAGUCAAGUGUAUUUAUAAUUUGUGUAUAGCAUUCAGAAGGAAGGAGGAAGAUAAUUAAUGAAUGUAUCAACUUUUAUACGUAACUAGGAAAUUUCCCGUUCGAGAUGCUAUGCAAAGAUAAAUCUCGUUAAGUUACAUGAAUGUAGAUUAUUUUGUAUAAUGAUGCAAUAAAUGUUGUGUGACAUAA